UCUGUAGGGUGUUCAGGGAAAGGAAGGAAAGGUACAGGGAGCCCAAUUAACCUGCACUUUCAAACUCAAACUUUGAGAAAGGCUCCAAAAGAGCCCAGGAAGAGAAAGCAAGAACUUGGGGAGCCCACCCAGAGAGAAAGUGCCAACUCGUCAUUUGCUCCAGCUUUUGCAGACCUCAGCUGGGCAUCUCUAGAUCCCCAGAAGGAAGAGCCUUCCUCACCCAGGCCCAGGAAAGAUGCUGAAAAAGACUCUCUCGGCGGUGACCUGGCUCUGCAUUUUCAUCACGGCCUUUGUCAGCCACCCAGCGUGGCCGCAGAAGCCCCCGAAACACAAGACCCCUGCGCAGCUCAAAGUGGCCGCCUGCUGUGAGGAGGCCAAGGAGCUCAGGGCCCAGAUGGCCAACCUAAGCAGCCUGCUGAGUGACCUGAGCCAGAAGCAGGAAAGGGACUGGGUCAGCGUGGUCAUGCAGGUGAUGGAGCUGGAGAGCAGCACCAAGCGCAUGGAGUCGCGGCUCACGGACGCCGAGAGCAAGUACUCGGAAAUCAACAACCAGAUCGACAUUAUGCAGCUGCAGGCAGCCCAGACUCUCACCCAGACCUCGGCAGAUGCCAUCUACGACUGCUCGUCCCUCUACCAGAAGAACUACCGCAUCUCUGGAGUGUACAAGCUGCCUCCCGACGACUUUCUGGGCAGCCCCGAGCUGGAGGUGUACUGUGACAUGGAGACGUCCGGCGGUGGCUGGACCACCAUUCAGAGACGGAAGAGCGGCCUCGUCUCCUUCUACCGGGACUGGCGGCAGUACAAGCAGGGUUUUGGCAACAUCCGUGGGGACUUCUGGCUGGGGAACGACCACAUCCACCGGCUGUCCCGACGGCCGACCCGUCUACGCGUGGAGAUGGAGGACUGGGAGGGCAGCAUGCGCUACGCGGAGUACAGCCGCUUCGCCCUGGGCAAUGAACUCAACAGCUACCGCCUCUUCCUGGGAAACUACAGCGGCAACGCGGGGAACGACGCACUCGUCUACCACAACAACACGGCCUUCAGCACCAAGGACAAGGACAACGACAACUGCUUAGAUAAGUGUGCGCAACUCCGCAAAGGUGGCUACUGGUACAACUGCUGCACAGACUCCAACCUCAACGGAGUGUACUACCGCCUUGGGGAGCACAAAAAGCACCUGGACGGCAUCACCUGGUACGGCUGGCACGGGUCUAGCUACUCCCUCAGACGGGUGGAGAUGAAGAUCCGCCCGGAAGACUUCCAGCCCUAAGUGGAGGUCUGCUGUGGGGCAGCCCUGGGAAAAUGGGGACACACAGAGGCCGGGUGAGGGCGGGGAAAGGCAGGAAGUGGGGAGAGAAAGGUAGGGAUGGAAACUGGCCUACAAUCACCAAUGAGAGGGUCAGGCUCUGAGGAGCACAAUCAAAUUUAGGUACAAGGAGGUUACCGAAUGGGAUGAAUUAUUUUAACACAAUGGGUUAUCACACAUACUUCUCAGGGGGCUGGCCCGAGGGGGCUUUCUCUGCCUGGGAUCCCUGACAGAUUCACUAAAAGUUUUUCCUUUCCACUUAAUUCUUCUGUGAAAGAAAAGCAAUGAUGACAUCACUUUACCUAUUCAGUUGAAGGCCUAGGUUAUGUGAGAGCAGAAAACAGAUCCCUCGCCUAAAAAGAACCCUGUGAUUUCGAUCCUCAAGGAGAGGUCUUGGGUGUUAGAGAAAGGCAUGAAAGAGAAUGGUGGAGAGUUCUGAUUUUUCAAAUCCGAUGAAAUUACCUUCGGUCCACACAUUUUUUUAAAGACAAAA